AUGACCUGAGCCCGCGGGAGCGAGGGCGCGUUUGCCGAGGUCAAAUAAGCAUGAUCUGGAGAGAAGCAGCACUGCUGGCUUCUGUCAGCGUCGCUCUUGGUCGCUUCGUCCCACCCACGCCCCGGGAGGAGCCGCAGCUGCAACUCAACCAGCUUGGCACUGACCUCUACCCGGAAAUACCGGAUUAUGUCUUCAAAAGUGACUACUCGCCAGAAGCUCAGGAAAGUUUGCUUCAAGACCAUCAGGACGCUGAGGUGGUACCUGGGCUGUACCAGGGCGACAUCGCAGGAUUUAAGCCAGAGCAGUUCAUAGCCCACACGCGGGUGGGGCUGAACUGGGACGUGUUUCCGAAGCGACGCUGGACCAAUGCCACGGUGCCCUACGCCAUCAGCGACCUCUACCUGCCGAGUGAGCGGAUGGUGAUCGAGACCGCCAUCUCCACAAUGAAUUUCUUAACGUGCAUCAAAUUCGUGCCGUGGGACGGCAUGCGCGAGGACUACCUCCUCAUCUGGCCCGUGGAGAAUCCUGCGGGAUGCUGGUCCUACGUGGGCAAGACGGGCGGGCAACAGGUACUCUCCUUGCAGCGGCCCGAUAGCCGCUCCAAACGAUGCCUCGGUUCCGUCGGGAAGCCUAUCCAUGAGUUGCUGCACGCCCUAGGCAUCUUCCACGAACAGACCCGAGCCGACAGAGACAACCACGUUAAAAUCAUCAGUGAAAAUAUUAUUCCACAAUACAUUCACAACUUCGCCAAGCAGAGUGAAGUCAACACGACUUAUGCCUUUGAUUAUGACUACAAGUCCGUCAUGCACUACGGUUCACAUUUCUUCAGCUCCUCUAAAGACAAGCCCACCAUCGUGCCAAAGGUCGAGGGUGUUGAAAUCGGGCAGCGGAGGAUGCUCAGCAAGACGGACUGCUUGAAAGUCAACCAGCUAUAUGGUUGCUUGGAUGUUGAUGCCUUCAACAGGGCGAAAUACCUUGCAUUUUGUUCUUAUCUAGGUUUAUAGCAAACUAGCUAUUAUUUCAAGCCAUUUUGUGCCAGUUCUAUCUGUAAGUUUAUUCGAAUAAGGUCAUUGAGAGAAUGGACAAUAUAGAAUAUUUGUAUAUGUAAUAUAUACGAAAAGAGAGAGAAAGAGAGAGAUCUGUUUUGAUAAUGUUUAUUUCCAGAUCAUUACAAAUUCCUGCAAAGGCUAGUGUAAGAUAACAACUAUCUAUGAAACUGGCUGAUCUUCUAUUUAUGUAAAGGGCUAUCAGUUAGACAUUAAUUCUGCAUACAUGAAGGGCUGGGUCAUAGUGCUCACUUUUUUUACAUGCCAUAUUUGUUUAGCAAAAUAAAAAAUAUAUAUAUAUAUACAUAUACAUAUAUAUGUGUGUGUGUAUAUAUAUAUAUAUAUAUAUAUAUAUACGUUAUGCAGUGGUAUAUGAUUACUGAUUACAGUGGAAUCACCAUAGAGCCGUACUUCAAAAAACGGAGGCGCUUGCGCACUGGCGCUCACAAGCGGUUCGAAUCCUCACCUUAAAGUACCUGGGACCGUUCGGCUGCCAAGAAAAGUGCUAACUUCGACAGUAACCGCUAACAAGCGAACCAAAGCAUGGAACUGGCGCGAAAGUUGAUACUUGUUGACAUUUUCAGCUUGGCUAUCACUGAACCUGCCAAUUAAUCAUUUUUAACGAGUGGGUAAUCUUAUAAGAUUUGCAAUUUUGUUGAAUAAACACAAUAAUCAUUCACUUUUAAGCAUAUAUACUUUAAUACAUACGCAUACUCUCUUACAUACAGAAGUAUUCAUACACAUACACAGUAUUUUUUAAAUACAUAGUAUUUAUAUCUGCUUAUUCCCUUAACCCUUCCCUUCUGUAAAUGGUUCUAUUCCCCUUUCAUUGUAAUUUUAAUGAUAACUAGUCUUACUAUUUACAUAUUAAUUUGUAGGAAUAAUAUCCCAUUGUUUUAUGUGUAAGUUGCCAAAAAUUAAUUUUCUCUGCCACAGACCAAAUGCCCUCUCUUAUUAUGGAUGUAUUUGGCUUACUCUUAUUAUAUGUAGCAGUCAAUGUUUGUAAAAAUCCGCUCUUUCACACAGGUCAGGGACAAGCACCAUUUAUUAUGUUUCUAGAAUAGGGCCAUAAACAAACACCUUGCAAAUUUCUAAAAAGGGCAAAUACAUUUUACCCUACUUUUGAACCCCUCAGGUGAUUUCCCUGUUACACUAAGAAAAUUAGUAAUACCCUGCCACUUUCGAGUGAGUGUCUGCAUGAAUCUGCUAUCAGGAAACAAAACUAUCGUUAGUAAGUGCUUGUAACUUAUAGUAAUGUUUAUUUGAUGCAUUCACACACACACACACACACACACACACAUAUAUAUA